UGCAGCAGGCUGAGGCACACUGCGAGAAGGUAAAGAGGGGACGCACAUCAUGGCGGAUAGAGACAGUGGCAGUGAGCACGGAGGAUUCGCCACGGGCCCCGGUGCCGGCCCGAUGCACCCGUCCCGCCUCCAGCACGACACCGAGGAGCUCGCGUCCAAACGCGUUGACAUCCAGAACAAGCGCUUCUACCUGGACGUCAAGCAGAACGCCAAAGGCCGCUUCCUGAAGAUAGCCGAGGUCGGGGCCGGGGGAAACAAGAGCCGCCUGACUCUCUCCAUGUCAGUAGCCGUGGAGUUCCGUGACUACUUAGGGGACUUCAUCGAGCAUUACGCCCAGCUGGGCCCCAGUAACCCGGAGAUGGUGCAGGACGAGCCCAGGCGGGCCCUGAAGAGCGAGUUUCUGGUGCGGGAGAAUCGGAAGUAUUACAUGGAUCUGAAAGAGAACCAGAGGGGGCGGUUUCUGAGGAUCCGUCAAACCGUGAAUCGGGGGCCCGGAUUGGGAACUGCACAAGGCCAGACCAUCGCGCUUCCAGCCCAGGGACUCAUUGAGUUCCGCGACGCGUUGGCUAAACUCAUCGACGAUUACGGAGUGGACGAGGAGCCUGCCGAGCUACCGGAAGGCACUUCUCUCACGGUGGACAAUAAGCGCUUCUUUUUCGACGUUGGCUCGAACAAGUACGGAGUGUUCAUGCGCGUCAGCGAGGUGAAGCCGACCUACCGCAACUCCAUCACAGUGCCCUGCAAAGUGUGGUCCAAAUUCGGCGCGACGUUCUGUAAAUACGCGGACGAGAUGAAGCGGAUCCAAGAACGGAGUCGAGAGAGGAGGGCACGAGAGCUACUACCGGAGGGCCUGCACGGAGACGAAGGAGACGAGGAUUGAUGGAUAUAAAAAGGAUUCUCAGACCAGACAGAGAGAGACCGCUGAAAAGAAAUAAAAAAAUAAAUAUAUAUAUAUAUAAAUAUAUGAAAUAACGAAUGACAUUUAAUCAAACGUUACUGUAAAUGUUAAAAGCGCGAGAGAGAAUUCCAAGGGAUCACCCACAACCUUCACAGACUUGCAGUUACAUCCCACCCAUCGCCGGAUACUACCCACUUACCACCCUACUACAGUAAGCCGCUGCUACCAGUAACAUUGGUCUAUGAACCGUUUUCUGCUCACAAAAAAAUGAUAAUGGACCGGAGUUUGUCUCUCCCCUGUCAACAGCCAGUUUUCUACACGUACAGGCCAUUGCAAUGGGUUCCAAAGUGCAAAUUCAAGAUGUUAUAGCGAAAAAAAGAAAAGAAAAAAGAAUAUAUAGAUAUAUAUAUAUAUACGUUUUUAUGUGUGCUAACAUUUGACUCCAGCACAAAUUAAAUAAUAUUUAGGAGUUUUAUGAAAUAAAACUUCAGCCUAGAAGUUUACACAGAGUAUAUGGUACGCAGAUAGUCUACUAAAGCAAGACCGUGACGUCCCUGUGUGUUUGUGCACACAGUGUACAGACUUUGGAGGACGUGUUAACAAGCGUCUAUCUGGAAAAAAAAAAGAAACGAGCUAAAGUAAACAUGCAUUUGAAGAAUUAGAGGUACUUUAUAUUCACUUGUUUGCCAUUUUGAAUAGACGGCAGGCGAGCGCGUCAGGUCGCAGAUGACGUCCCAUCACGACCAGUGCGCGACUCCUAAUAUUGAAUAUCAGCCCCCAGCACCGUAUACCCCCUUGGGAAAAUGGAAUGACAAAAAGUGCUAACUUAGAAAUAUGAAAUAUGAUUUUGUGAAUCAGAUGUAUUUAAAUUCUGAACAUGCCCACGUUUUCUGUGGGAGUAUUCUUUUUUUUUCU